AUGCGGGAACUACAAAAGGAACUAACUGAAAAAAAGGAACAAAUUCAAAAUUUAGUAUUAAGACAAAAAGGACAAGGUAAAGGGCAGGAUUUUGAAAAGCCAAACUGGAAUGGGACUUUUAUUGGCAGCGAUUUCGGCUUGCCACUGGUCAUAACACCAGGCACAUUGGGCUCAACUUUCGGAAGUAUGGGUACUACUAUAAUGCCCCCAUAA